AUGGCGCAAUUAACAGGCGUCGAGGUUGCCAAACACAACAAGUCGGAUGACUGCUGGGUCAUUGUACAUGGGAGGGCAUACGAUGUCACAGAAUUCCUACCUGAACACCCGGGGGGAACGAAGAUCAUCCUCAAAUAUGCGGGCAAAGAUGCGACCGAAGAAUUCGACCCGAUACACCCCCCUGACACCCUGGAAAAGUACCUGCCUAAGUCCAAACACCUCGGCCCGGUAGACAUGUCGACGGUGGUUAAGGAGAAGCAUGAGGAAUCGCCAGAGGAACAAGAACGAAUGAAGCGCAUCCAGGAGAUGCCCCUCCUCGAGCAGUGCUACAACCUACUCGACUUCGAAGCCGUCGCGCGGAGAGUGAUGAAGAAGACAGCGUGGGGGUACUAUUCCAGCGCAGCCGACGACGAGAUUACGCUCCGCGAAAACCACUCAGCCUUCCACCGCAUCUGGUUCCGCCCGCGCAUACUGAUCGACGUCGAAAAAGUCGACUUUUCUACCACCAUGCUCGGCACCCCCUGCUCCAUCCCCUUCUACGUGACCGCCACCGCCCUCGGCAAGCUCGGCCACGUCGAGGGCGAGGUGGUCCUCACGCGGUCCGCGCACAAGCACAACGUGGUCCAGAUGAUCCCGACCCUCGCCUCGUGCUCGUUUGACGACAUCGUCGAUGCCGCCGCUCCCGAUCAGGUCCAGUGGCUCCAGCUCUACGUCAACAAGGACCGGGCCAUCACGCAGCGCAUCGUGCAGCACGCCGAGAAGCGCGGCUGCAAGGGCCUGUUUAUCACGGUCGACGCGCCGCAGCUCGGCCGCCGCGAGAAGGACAUGCGCAUGAAGUUCACCGACGAGGGCAGCAACGUGCAAAACGGGCAAGCCACCGACAACAGCCAGGGCGCCGCCCGCGCCAUCAGCAGUUUCAUCGACCCGUCAUUGAGCUGGGCCGACAUCCCCUGGUUCCGCUCCAUCACCAAGAUGCCCAUCGUGCUCAAGGGCGUGCAGCGCGUCGAGGAUGUCGUCAAGGCCGCCGAGGCCGGCGUUCAGGGGGUGGUGCUGUCCAACCACGGGGGGCGGCAGCUCGAGUUUGCGCGCUCCGCCAUCGAGGUGCUCGCCGAGACGAUGCCCGUGCUGCGCGAGCUGGGACUGGAGAACAAGAUCGAGAUCUAUGUCGACGGCGGCGUGCGGCGCGCCACCGACAUUCUCAAGGCGCUCUGCCUCGGCGCCAAGGGCGUUGGUAUCGGCCGCCCCUUCCUAUACGCCAUGUCGGCCUACGGCCAGGACGGCGUCGACCGCGCCAUGCAGCUGCUCAAGGACGAGAUGGAGAUGGGCAUGCGCCUGAUCGGCGCGCGGACUAUCGCCGAGCUGAACCCCGGCAUGGUGGAUGCGAGGAGCUUGUUUAACCACGCCUCGCCGCCCUCGGACUCGCUCGCUCAUGCUGUCUAUGACCCGCUAGUUAAUCCGUCGCAGAGGCUGGCUGUGACGGGGGAGAAGCCCGAGAAGGCGAAGUUGUAG